AUGGAAAAGAACAUCUGCUAUCGGCAACGAAGGAGAAAAGAAGUCAUCUACGAGGAUUGCGUACUCGAAGACUCCUUGUCCCAAGGUGCCUGGCACAUCGAGGAGGACCCAAACGUGGACUACGAGAUGCUGCUCAGAGGAUUACGAGGGUGUGCUGAACGUGCCUCGAAGCCGCGCACGACAAACUUGGAUCGAAUUUCGAAGACCACCAAGGAAUUGUUGGAAAGAAGAAGGGCUUUGAGGCUUGAUCCGAAUGCAUCGCACAUUGAGCGGCAGAAGAAGAUUCUGGAAGCAGCACAAAGAAGGACGAGUCUAAAGAAGUGCCGCAGGGAUCUCCGCGAAUAUAAUAUUCCGCUAGCAACCUCGCUGAGCGAAGACGGGACUCGCACGUCUUCUCGUCGUGAGAUGGAAAUCAUUACGGAGAGCCCAAUCAUCCCCACUGGCGAAGUUCCACCACGGAUUCUCCCUUCGGAAGUACGAGUCGCUAUCAAGAGCAUGAAACCUGGCACCGCCCCCGGACCUGAUUUUAUAUCAGCAGACUUUCUUCGGGCUGGUGGCCAUCCGCUUCAUGUAAUCUUAGCAACGCACAUGGCAUCCUACCUUCAGAAAGAAAGGAUCCCAGACCAGUGGAAGACUUCGCAAACCGUUCUUAUCCAUAAGAAAGGUGACCGAGAGGACCUUCGGAACUACCGUCCGAUAUGCUUGCUGAGCGUGUUAUACAAAGUAUUUACCAAGAUCAUCCUCACGCGCAUAUCUAGGGCGCUGGACGAAGCCCAGCCUCAAGAACAAGCUGGGUUCCGCCAGGGGUUCAGCUGCUUGGACCACAUCCAGACCGUGCCGAGGAUCAUAGAGGUUUGCCGGGAAUACCGCCUGCCCCUUGUUCUAGCCUUCGUCGAGUAUGAGAAAGCCUUUGACAGCGUAGAAACGAAUGCAAUACUGUCAGCACUGGUCGAUCAAGGUGUGGACGCGUCGUAUGUGAGGACAUUAGCCAAUUGCUACGAUCGAUGCACGACUAAGAUACAGCUUUUCCACCGCCCUCUCACGAUACCCAUUGGAAAGCGGGUACGACAAGGCGAUACACACGACGCGUCCACACCUUGA